UCUCCAACAAACACACAUUCAUAUAUACACACUUCCCGCUCUUUCGGCUUGUUUCCCUUACACACUGGAGUUCUUGGCUUUUCUCCACGACCCGGAGCUGGUGGCCCGGUUCCAGAGACGAUGCGGACUCUUCCUGGUCGAAGAUUCGCAUCACAGUGGGGGAACGACACGAGCGCAUGGAGCUCAGGUCAACGGAGCGGUGUCCCGUGGCCAGCUGAAGGGGAAAUGGGAUCACCAGGACAGAAACUCCAACUAUAAAUACAAGGAGGCCGGAUGCGCUCAGAGUGCCGGCAGAAAACCUCAGUACGAGGUGAGGAACAGGCUGCUGCACUUCCUCUUCCUGUUGUCAGCUGGGUUAGGACAUGAAAUCUUUUACAUCACCUGCCUGCCCUGCAUACACUGGAAUCUGGACCCUUUUCUUUGUCGCCGGCUUGUUAACAUGUGGGCUUUGGUGAUGUACAUCGGCCAGGUGAUGAAAGACAUGCUGAAGCUGCCUCGUCCUCCCUCACCACCUGUGGUCAAGCUGGAGAAGCGUGUGGAUGCAGAGUAUGGCCUCCCCUCCACCCAUGCCAUGGCUGCCACUUCCAUCUCUUUCACGCUUUUACUAAGCGCUCCCUCCAGAGUCCAGGUCCAGUUUGAGGUGGGUCUGCUGCUGGCCUUGACGCUGUCGUCCUUGGUGUGUCUGAGCCGUCUUUACACCGGCAUGCACUCAGUUUUGGAUGUGGUCUGUGGCGUUUUCAUCUCGGCUGUCCUCAUUUUGCUCACCUACCCUCACUGGGAAACCUUUGACCGCCUCCAGCUUAACAGCUGGAUCUCCCCCAUCGUGGCUCUGUCGCUGCUCUUCUUCCUCAGCUACACAUACCCAGAUCUGGACCAUUACACCACCACCAGGGGCGAUACCACCACCAUCCUGGGAGCAUGUGCAGGCAGCUCAGUGGGAUACUGGCUGAACAAGCAGCUGGGUCAGACCUUUGAGCCCCAGGGGACGUUACCGGUCCCCCUGCCCACCCUGACAGCUGCAUCAGCAGCACGGGGUGCUGCUCGCAGCCUGAUGGGUAUCGUGGCGUUGGUGGGGACUCGGCAUAUUGUGAAAAAACUUAGUCUGCGCUUGUUAUAUUUGUGGUAUGGAGUAUCAAAAACUGACGAGAGCGCCAGGAGGAGGAAAGAGAUCGAAGUGCCGUCAAAGUUCACCACAUACACAGCUGUGGGACUCGUUCAUUCAAUACUGGUUGACAGACUGUUUGUUUUACUGGGGCUGCAUUGACCUGUGUGUAAAUAGCUGAACAAAGUGUUAAAUGAUCUUUUUGUAAUAUGUAAGGAAAGUGAGAAUCCUCAGAGGAAAUGAUUCACUGCGUGUGACUGACCCAACCGAGGAGAAAUCCUCACAGCAAUAAAGUUUGUAUCCUUCA